UGAGACUAGGGAUUUGAUGAAUCAUAGGUCCAUGAAAAGUGUUUUAAAACAUAGUGAAACUAUUUUAUUUUUAAAUUAUUAUUAAUGAAGAAAAAAAAGCGAAAAAACGUCAAAAAUGUUUUUAUCUUCUCUUCUUACAGAAAUUAUUGAACAAAUCAAAUUUUUGGCAUCAAAAGCAGUACUAAAUUAUGUAGGGUGUCAGUUAGCAAAAAUAGUCAUAAUAAAUUUGAAAAAUAUUAACUAUAUAAGCUGAGAUAAGUUAAACAGGUUUAGUUUUAGUAAUGGAUAGUUUUGCAACGUCUAAUCAUGCUGAUUUUCAAUGGCCGUUUCCAAAGCCUAUUGUGGGAAAACCAUGUGAGCCGCCCGGUCCCAACGCGGCGCCUACCGUGCGCCCACCCCCAGUGGCCCCGUACUGUCACUGCGACGCGCACUCCUAUUCGCCCCGCGUCGAGCAAUACAAGCAGUUGUUGGAGAAGGAGCAGAAACUAUGCCAAGACUAUGAGCACUUGAGGAAACAGAUGGUGGAUGUAUCCAAUGACAUUCUGGACCACCCGUGCGAUGACCUGGACAGCAAGAUGAUUACCAUGUACCAAGCCACUUACAAGAAGAGAUCCUUCCCCGUGUCCGAUUACAGAACCAUUAUAGCGGCGUCGCAAUCCAACGCUCCCAUCCCAAUGGAAAGUAACAAACUGGGAAUCCUUAGAUGCUACAAAGACCCCACUCACUUCACCGAGAACCCACCUACUUCCAGACCGACUAUCCAUCCACCAAGACCUGUGAACACUGGCGUAAGUCCGAAGUCUGUACAGUCUUGGUUCGUCGAGUUUCCCGGUAGAACGGAGUAUAUGGACACGUACAGUUCCUCAGCGAAAGCUUGCUGGAGGUCCAUGCAGAGGUACAAGGAACCAAUGCCAUCGACUCGACGCAGGGCUGAUGACACUUGUGUGUGAAUGUUUGCGUCGCUGCUUGUCUGUCACAUUUGAAAUAAAAACUAUGGGAAG